CUAGUGAGAGUAGACCAUGAUUUUGUCCGCUUCAAGCGCCGGAAGGGAAGAUUCAGUCCGCUCUGAAACAACCAACAAAAAGUUCAUCAUAUCUCACCAAUUCUCUCCUCACUCUCUUUGAGCCUUCUCUCCCUGCCGUCACAGCAUGCAAUUUUAAUGAAAACCAACCACCAUUUUAAUGAAAUGAAAGAAGAUUAGCAGAGCCACCCAAUAAAAAGAAAAAAAAACCCAAGAAAAUUAAUACUAGGAUUUUAGGAGGAGCAACAAAUACAAAAGAGAAAACAAUCAUCAAGAAGAAGAAGAUGGAGGCGCCCAAAAGCACCUUUCCCAAGCAACGAAGGAACAAGACUGUGAUCAGCAGAAUAGGCAAAGCCGGGGGUGGUGGAGGGAUUGGAGUUGGAAUUAUUUUCUUGGGCGGAGCAGUAGCCAGUGCUACUGCAGCUUUCCUCAUCAGGAGGCGGCUCCAAAAGUCCACCAGUAAUAUCAAGAAUUGCAGCCGUGAUCCGUCAACUCCAUCCGCUGAGAUUCCUUACAAAUUGCUGGAGGACAAAAACACAAAUCAAGCCAAGGGCCUAAAGUUUAUUGCUCCCGAUUCAGAUUCUCCUGCAUGUACGGAUACGCAUCAAAACUUGAGUAACGGAACAGCAAAGACUGGAAUACAUGAGAACCAUAACACCGUUACCUCAGAUCAAAGCUUCAUCCAGGAUCAAAAGUACCAGAUUCAAGCUGAUGAUGGAAAAGGGGAUCCCGUAGCUGAUUCUGAACAACUUGUACAUUCAAAUUCUCCCGGCGGACUGGUAAGCAGCUUGCAGUUCGACGCAUCUCCCCUCAAGGAGGAAGAAUCUCCAUUGCCACUAGUUGGAAAUCAAGCGCUGCAUCAGCCGAAGCAAGUUGCUGACCGCUUUUCUGGGGAAGAAAUUGAGAUAAUUCGAGAAGAUGAUCCGGUUGACGCAGCUCUUGUUGAUAAAGGCACAGAAAAAGAAAAACAAAAACUGGAGAACGGUAAUGGAGAGGAGAUGGAACUGGAGAACGGUAAUUGCUCCUCGGAUAAGGAUAUGGGAGAAUUGAAUAGUCAAGACGCAGCAGAAACAACUAAGAUAGAGCAGAGGACAGGUACAUUAUUGCAAUCCGGUGAAGAACAAGAGAAUCCAUUUCAUUGUGAUCAAGAAAGUGAGAGCAGCGCCAACCUACUCCCGACCAAAGAUCAAAGACCGGAGAGCGAAGAAUGUUGUCUGGCCUUUGAAACAGUGGAAGUGAUCGAAAAGGUUGAAGCGCUUGAAGCGGCUAUUGUGGGGCAGGGCAAAGGUGACACCAUGACCCAGAUGACCCUAGUUCAUGGUUCACCGUGCACUGAAAAUUUGGGAGUGAAUGGUAGAAAUGAAAAACUUGAGGUAAGUCAUGAAGAUCAGGGCAAAGGCAAUGCUCAAAUUCUGAUGUUGGCAGAAGAAGAAAACAAAUGCGAUCAUCAUGAUAGCUUACUGAACAUUGGAGCCAAUGAAGAAACCGAAGGGAAUGAUACUCUUGAGGCCAUUGAUUUAGACGAGCACAGAGGUACAGUGACUUCGAUGUCCGAAAAAGGCCAAACGAGAUGCCUUGUUGGCUCGCCUACCACUGAAUCUGCUGAAGUAAAGGAGAAAGAUGAAAUGAUGGAGGAAGCUGAAGCCAGAGACACUGAGCUUAUCAGCUGCGAAGAAAGUCAAGCAAAUGGUGAGUCAGCUCAAUUCCCACAUAAUAUUGCUUCAGCUAGCAACCAACAAAAGCUACAUACUGAAAAACCAGGAUUUUUUUCAAAUGUUGAUCACGAAGAUAACUCUGUCUUCGAUGAGCUAACAUCUGAGGAUAAAACAUGUGAGGAUUUCAGCCGUCUGCUGAAGCCUGAGAUUGGAAGUGAUGAUGGCUUUACAGAACUUCAGCUGUCUGCUGAAGCCGCUGAAGCAAGGAAGGAGACUAUUGUAAAUGAACCAGCUUCAGACGACAGGGUUAUAGAGAGUGAGAACUCACCAAUGCAGUUUGUUGAAAUACAGAAAAAUCUCAAUGGUGACAAUGAAAAACAACUGGAGGAAGUUGAGGGUCGAUCCCAGGUGAAUUAUGCAGACAAUGUCACUAUAGAAGAGCAUAAUCAAACGAGGCCAGAGGAAGAUAGCCUUCAUGAUGAAGGAGAUGAUGAUGCAGAUGAGGCAAAUAUGACUGACAAAGUGGAAGAUAGUUCGGAGGGAACAGGAGACUCCUCCGUCGAAUCCAAUGCUGAGCCAAUUUGGCCCAUGGACUCAUUGGAGGAAGUAUGUGCGGAGGUGAAAGAACUGAAAAUCAAUGGAAAGAAAGAAGAACAGCACAUGGAGGAAGAUCAAAAUGUAAGGACACAAGUACCUACGUGCCCUCAGAACAUUGACAAUGAUGGCAUCAUUGACAAGAGCAUCCGAAAUGGGAAUGAUUGUAAAAGCAACUCAAAACUGAAUUUUCUUGAGAGGGUUAUGCUGGAGCUUGCGGAGCAGACUCAUCAACCAACAACAUACUCACAGAAAUUGAGAAUUCUUAUACCAACUAUCCUGGCGCUCUCAUGGUCACUCUGUUUCUGGCAAUUUGGCCCGCCCUUCUUGAAGAUUUCUCUCAUAGUCGUCCUGAUUAAGAUCCUUUCCAAGAUUCAGGGAUUUUGAAGCAGUUGUCAUUCACAUUCAGUUGAAAUAUUAUAUAUGCAGAAUGUGUAGUGGGGGUGCUCACUAUAUAAUAAGAGACAAAAACUAGUUAAUCGUCAAAAAACUUUUUAUCAGUGAAACUUAUUUUCGAGCAUUUGAUUA